AUGGCUACUACAGGCGAAUCAACGACCGUACAGGCAGGUAAAAGUCUAUCGUUCAGAGACUUGCCGCUCGAGUUGAAGGAGAUGGUCCUUGACUAUCUGAACAACAUCGAGGAUGUCGCGUCUCUCCGGCUCGUGUGCAAAGACAUGGUCCCUUGGGAGUUCCUUUGGAAAGUACCCUAUCGGAUACUGUCGAUGAAAGAGAGCGCCAAGAAGCUUUGGCAGAUCGCAAUGACACAGCAGAGAUUCACCAACAACGGCAUGUGUCGCAACGCUUUACCGGAACACCUAAGAACUAUCGUCUUCGAGGCCGCAUUGCCAUCACGCACCUCGAACAUUGACGUCGCCACCGAUGAUAUCGAUCUCGGAGGAUCCUGCGUUCAUACGAUCAUAUCUGAUGUCUUCCAUACUUACCACGUAAAACGCCACGAACAACUGUGUAACCCAGCGAUGGGAAACAUCAUUUCUACCGCCUUGCAUAACCUGGACUCCAUCGCUACGAUGAUGUAUCAUCCUUUCCAUCCUUCACGAUUGGACAAAGAUCCACGUUCUGACCAGGAUCGGCGCAACCUUAUUCUCGCUAGCAAAGGAAAAGAAGCACACGAGUUUGCAAAUGCAAUGUGGAUGAACCGUAACAUAACGCUCAGAAACCAUACAAAAUUUACCGAAUUGGUAUACCUUAUGAUCUUUCACGAUGCCAUCAAUGCGGUCUUGCGCAACCCUAAGCGGAAAAAGAAGCUUCGUGACCUCUACGCAUCCAAUUCCCGUGGAUCAGCUUGGAGACUUUCUCGAAAUUAUCUACAGUGGCAGCAAUCAUACGGUUCCUCAGUCCAUGCAAGCGGAUCUCUCCAUCCUAAGUUCCCAGAGACUUGGAACAGGAUCGCUUUACGCGGGCUUGAGAGAAUUGAGCAUCAGUGGGACUGGCUUAUGCAAAAGUACCUCCAUUCAUAUGGGAGCUUUAGGUCAUCCCGAUUGAUCCCCAGACUGGUCUCGUCUCCAGAAGCUACGCCUUUCACAUACGCAGCAAACUGA